AUGUCUGAGACUCUCGAACAAAUUGCUGCUCGUUUGCGAACCCUUGAGCAAUUAUCCCAAAGUUUUGGACUUGUUCUUCAAAACCAACUCAACAACCAUGUCGGUGAGGAAUCCCAAGCAACCAUGGCCAAGAAAAUUGCCAAUUUGAAACCACCAACCUUCAUUGGUCGAGAAGAUCCUCUUGUGUUAGAAAACUGGUUGUGCGAUAUAGAGAAGAUAUUCACCUCCAAUGGAAUCCCUGACAACCAAAAGGUUGACCAUGAUACCUUUUACCUUCGAGAGGAUGCUGAUCUUUGGUGGGAAACCGAAGGACCUACCAUUCGUAUGCAACCUAAUCUUGAUUGGUCUACUUUUAAGACUGCUAUGAGGGCCCGAUUCUUUCCCGAGCACAUUAGGAGACAAAAAUGUAGUGAGUUCACUAGAUUCAAUCAAGGAUCUACUAUGAGUGUAGAAGAGUAUGCUCAUAAAUUUCAUGAAUAUGCUAGGUUUUGCCCUAAUAUGGUUCCUGAUGAAGCCUCAAAGCCUAGAAAUUUGAGGAUGGACUUAGUUUUAGAAUCCAAAAGAGACUAG